AUGGACAGCCCCUACGCCAAGGAGCUGCAGACGGCCAUCAAUGUCGUUCAGCAAGCAGCUAGGUUAAGCCAAUCUGUCAUAUCGUCGGCCGACAAGGGUGUUGUUGAGAAGGACGAUCUCAGCCCCGUCACAGUAGCCGACUUUGCGAUCCAAGCUCUUUUGGCCGCCACCAUCCACCACGCCUUCCCGAAUGACAAGUUUGUAGGCGAAGAGUCGGCCGCAGAGCUCAGAGAAACCCCAGUAUUGCUCGAUCGGGUCUGGGCACUACUUCAGAGCCUGAAGGAGGCCGAGUCGAACUCGCUGUGCAAGCUUCCCGCUAGCCCGGAGCAGAUGUGCGAAGUGAUCGAUUGGUGUGGAAAUGGGGUUCCCGGCGGUCCGGACUCGGGGAGAAUCUGGGUUUUCGACCCGAUCGACGGCACACAGACGUUCGUGAGGGGUCAGGCGUACGCGAUCAAUGUUGCGCUGAUGGAUGGUGGAAAGCAGCUGCUCAGCAUCGUUGGCUGCCCGACAAUACCAGUGAAUGCCGAGGCGCCAAUUACCGACAAAACGGUUGACCCGACUGGACGCGGUUUGAUCAUAUUCGCUGCAAGGGGCUACGGCACCUACGUCCGUACACUUGUCGGAUCAGCUGCCGAAGUUCAGUCAACGAAGGUUGAACCUCACGCUGAGACGGCUACCCUCGGGUCUCUGCGUUCCGUCACCUGCUUCCAGACCUCAAAUUCUGGCCUGGAUGAGGUGCACAAGACCGUUGUUGAGAGACUCGGGGCGGUAUAUCCCGGAUGCGAUUUGCUUGGUUGGGUGCCUCGAUGGGUUACCAUGGCGUUAGGUGCAUCGAACAUGACUGUCUGGGCUUAUAAACGUCGGGAUAGAGUCGCAAAGAUCUGGGACCAUGCUGGAGCCAUGCUUCUCUUUGAAGAGGUUGGAGGAAAGGUUACGGAUGUCCACGGAAAGGCCAUUGACUUAACUAUCGGGAGGAAGAUGACAGCUAACUAUGGCUUCAUCGCUGCACCAAAGAAUGUCCACGACGUAGUCCUAAAGACUGUUCAUGAUGUUCUCAAAGAGCAAGGGAGGGGAGAUGUACUGGUGUAA